CUACUUCCGGGUGUCAAAGGUCAGGAAGCCGUUAGAGCAGAGAGCGUCGGAAAGUCACCGUUAGCAAACACGAAGCAGAAGGGCAGUUACAGAGAAAUGUGGUCACUUUAUACUAAUACUUAGUAUCACAGUGAGACACCUUUCUCUUAAAACACUCAGCAUCUGUCAAAGAAGUCAAUGCCGCUUACUGCCUGAUGCCAGCUGAAGCGUGAUGCAUCCAGAGCAGCCCAGAACGAGCUUCGCCCUGCAGAGACGACUGGCAGAUUCAACCCCUCGGGGCGCCCCGAGCACCGGCCUUCUGCAGGGCCUCAUCCAGAGCGCCAGACCUCUUUCCUUCUGCUUCCUGCUCCCCAGGGUCCACGCAGCUGAUGUGGCUGCCGCCCAGCCUGCACAGAUGCCUGCUCCUUCGUCUUCCUCCUCCAUCAGCGCUGCUCCUGCUGCACCCAUCCCCUCUCCCAGCGGCAUGCCAGGGAAUAUGGGCAAGCCGGAGUUCCCGGACACAGGAUGGGAGCGCAUCAAGGACCUCUUUGAGAAAGAUGCCACACAGAUGUACCCUGAAGAAGUCACCAACGUGUUCAAGAGCAGUCUUGUCGCUGCCCUAGCAGGCAUGAUCUACGGAGGCCUGCCAGCCGCCCGCCACGCCAGGCAGAGGUACAUCCAGUCCAGCCAGGCAGAAAUCUACACUGGCAGAGUGGACGCAGUGCGCUCGGCUCAUAACGCAGCAAUCCGAGGGUUCGUCCGGUACGGGUGGAGGUGGAGCUGGAGAGUGGCGGCUUUUGUCACCUUGUUCAAUACUGUGAGCACAGGACUGUCCGUGUACCGGGACAGGUACGCCCUCAGCCAUUACGCUGCAGCCGGAGCUGUGACCGGAGGCCUCUUCAGGCUGAACCUGGGCCUGGGAGGUCUGGUGGCGGGGACGAUCAUCGGAGCGGUGCUGGGGGUUCCCACUGGCACGUUGAUCAUCAGCAUGCAGUCCUUGGCUGGAGAAACGGCCCGCGAGAGGAGGAGGAGGGAGCGCAGGGAGCUGUAUGAGCUCCGGCUCACAGAGUGGGCGGCGCGUCUGAAGCUGACAGACGAGCUCAUCGGGGACCUGAAUGACAGCUCUCAGGCGGAGGUAACCAAUAAGGACAUGCAAAGGAUCCAGGAGCUGCUGAGCUUACCACAGAACAAGGACUUGACCCAGGACUCAGGCAGACAGUGACAGUCCCUGCCUGUUAUCUUGUGGACAUUAAAGGUGGGACUUCACACAAGCUUUGAGGACAAAUGGGUCUCUUCCUCACCUGGACGCCACACACCUUCUCUCUAAGUAAAGGGGAACCGCUUCACAUCACAAUCAAAGGACACUGUUGUUCCUCAAACUCCUGUCAAAGUGCACUUGGGUGGUUCCAGCUGUCUGAAUCUGACAUUUCAGCAGAUUUAAGGUGUAAGUUCUAAGCUGAUGGUAAAGAUUGAUAAAGGGUGCCAAUAAAUAAGCAUCAUGUCAACAAUAGUCCUCACAGGUAUAAAUUAUCUCUAGGCCAAACAUGUUGAAACAAUCUUUAGCUGAAUGUAAUUUACCAGCCUUCUGAAUACAGUUAGUGACAUAGUUUCCAACAACAUGAAGCUCUGAUGCAGUAUUUGAUCAAACUGAGAACAAAGGUUCUUUAAAAGUUUAAGGGGAAAAUAUCAACUGUGGCUCAACUUUUAAGAUUGUCGGUAAGAUUUCUGUUUGAAAAAAAUGUUAAAAAGUAGUAAUCAGAAGUUAACAUUGUAAGGGCUAUAACUGAAAAAAGUUCUUCAGAUGAAAGACACACGGCCUUGAAAUAAACAUAAAUCAACACUCA